CCUGCCGCGCGUGCCGUGACGUCAUCACCCCGCGCAGACUCCAGCGCUGACGUGGCGGGAACGAAAACAAGCUUGGGGCUCCUCGGGUUUGGGGGGUCACGAUGCGGCGCGCGGGCCUCGGUGAAGGCGGGCUGCCGCCUGGACACUACAGCUAUGCCAACAGCGGUUACAGCUCCUUCGAGGAGGAGAACGACCGGCUGACAGAGAGCCUGCGCACCAAGGUGACCGCCAUUAAGUCGCUCUCCAUCGCGAUUGGACAUGAAGUGAAGCAUCAGAACAAGAUGUUGGCCGACAUGGACUCAGAAUUCGAUUCGACGACCGGCUUUCUGAGCAAAACAAUGGGGAGGCUGAAGGUGCUGUCCCGAGGGAGCCAGGCCAAACUCCCUGCUCUACAUGAUGCUUUUCUCCUUCUUUGUCUUCUCUUGUCAUUUAUGGAUCAUUAAACCUGAGGUGAUGCCAGCGGC